UCUGCUCACAAUCACGCGCCACACAGCUCCAAGCCUCAGUGCAGUCUUACAACAGCACACUCAGAACAGAACAGAGAACUUUGAGCAGCGAUCAGAUUUACACUGCACUCACAUGGUGGCUAACCAACAGGACUGGAUAAGGCUAGGUUUUGUGCUGGAUUGUAACUCCUGGAUUUCUUUAGCAUUGUUGAUAUGGGAGGCAGAGAGGAGGUAUUGGUGAGCAGUCUCGGGUCCACCAUGCAGUUUCCACGCGCCAGGUUGAACCGUUUCAGGCUCCGUCCUGCCCUCAGCCCAGUGAGGAUUAGGCGCGUGAAACCUUGUUCCCGAAAGAAAAAAGACAGAAAUCCCAGCCCCACCGAGAUGAGCGUGGAGCCCUGGGCCAGCCCGCAGGACCAGGCAGCCGCUGAGCACCCUUACAGCACCUCACACACAGCAUCCUCCGAGGACCAGGAGCAGCAACCCGACAAACUGUGCCUGGACUCGUUCUGGAGUGAGGUGGAGACCAUCCGACAGGGGAGUGGCUACACAGACCUCGAAUGCUCCAGGAGAGACUCCAGACAGUCAGAAGAAGGUGAACAGGAGGAGCAGUGGUUGGUCGAUGCUGGUUUGUCGACCCUCAUCAGCGAGGACAGCGAGGAUGUAGACAACGCGGUGCUGCUGUCCACUCUGACCCGGACCCAGGCCGAGGCCGUGCAGCGGCGCCUGGACUCCUACACGCUGUCCCUCCGCAAGAGGAACAAACCGGCCCCUCGAGACGUCCGCGACAUCUUCAACCCCUCCAUCUCCAAGACCCGUUUGCCUGAUUCCCAUCAUAGUGAAGACUCUGCCCACAACAGCAUGGCAUCACUUCCCAAAUCACCUUUAUCAGCUGUCCCGACGGAGCAUCAGCGAGGCGCUCCUAAAGAGGAGUUCUUCAUCACCGACGUGGCUUACUGCGAACAGGCCGUCAUCUUCCUCAAACAGGCCAGCCUGCCGCAGAACAACAGCCAGCGCAGGAAAGAGGAUUGCACCCUGCCUCGGGUGAUCUGCCCCAAGUGCCGUCUCGGAGUGACUCGUAUUCAGGAUCUGUCGCACUCUGACAUGAAGAAGGUGCGUCAGUUGGCUCUCAUCGACAUGACAGCGCUGUGCGACCUCUUAGAGCUGGAGGUCAAAAGGCAAAAAAACAGCAAGAGGAAAAACACAGAGAGCCCGCUGUACGGGGUGCCGCUGGCCACGCUGCUGGAAAACGAUCAGAAAAUGAAGCCAAACACCUCAAUUCCUCUCUACAUGCAAGCGUUGUUGUCGUUUUUGGAGAAGAAGGGCGUUGAUUCGGAGGGUAUCCUGCGGGUUCCAGGAUCUCAGUCCAGAAUCAAGAUGCUGCAGCAGAACUUGGAGACAAACUUCUACUCGGGGCAGGUCAGCUGGGACGACGUGAGUCCCAACGACGCCGCCGCGCUGCUCAAGAAGUUCAUCCGGGAACUGCCCGCCCCGCUGCUCACCCCCGAGUACCUCAACACCUUCAGUGCCGUCAGAGACAUCACAGAGCUUAGGCAGAAACUCCACAUGUUGAACCUGCUCAUCCUGCUGCUGCCUGAGCCCAACAGGAACACACUAAAGGCCCUCCUGGAGUUCCUCAGUAAGGUGGUCUCCAGGGAGAGGAAGAACAGGAUGAACCUCUGGGCAGUAGCCACCAUCAUGGCUCCCAACCUCUUCCUCCACAAGGCCGUCCCCAGCCGGCUGACGGAGGGCGCGGAGAAAGGACACGCAGAGAAGGCCGCUGACGUCAUGAGGCUCCUCAUCCGCUACCAGGACCUGCUCUGGACGAUUCCUAACUUCCUCAUGAGCCAGGUGCGUAAGCUGAAUGAAAACAGUAACCGGCGUUACCAGUUCUACGAUCGCCGCAUCAAGAACCUUCUGAGGAAGAUCCACACAGACAGCCGAGACAAAACGGAUAAGAACACGUCAGAGCUGUGUCGUACGGUGAAGAUCCAGCUCGGGGAUCUGGUGAGCGGCACCUUGGAGUAUCAACUCAACAUCAACUCUCGAGCCUCAGACUUGCUCACACAGUUUCAGCGCCAAUCCCUCCGCAGCCCUGACAACGGGAAGGGCAAAAUGAGAAGAAACGGCUCUGUGGCGUAUCCGGACUGCGCCCUGUUCGAAGUGGGAGGGAACAUUGGUGAGCACUGCCUGGAUCCCGACACACACCUUCUGGAUCUGUUCAACAGUAACUCAGGAGGAGAGUGGGUCAUCAAGCUAAAGCCCAACGCAGGCCGAGGGCUGUGAAGGACGGACAGAUCGGGCAACAGCUCGCCAAAUCAAAGGACACAGGCAUAGCCUAAAAAAAAUCCACGCAGCCCUCUCCUCUUGUCAUUUUCAUCCUGGGAGCAACAAGAGAAAGCAGACAGAUGGAGGACGCAGGAACAGAGAGAUGGAGAAUCUGCCAGGAGCAGAAAGAACUGUCUAUGAACACACUUUGCUCUCUUUCUCUCCCCCUCCGCCUUUCUCUAUCUCUCCAUUUCCCUCCUCUUUUCCUCGCUUCGCUCCAUCACUCCUCUCCUGCGUUACCACGGCGCUGCGAGCAGAAAGCGGUUGACGUGACUCAUUACUUCAGACAGAGAACCUGCUGCAUAGAAAAGAGAGGACGGCAGUUUGGUUCGCCAUCUUUUCUCUCAAGCAAUCAUCCCCAACCAUGAGGAGCAGAUGGGGGUGCAGAGCUCCACGAGGCCCCCACCC